AUUUUAUUCUCUCUCAGUCUAUAACACUCCCUCUUACGCCAGCCCAAGACCCCCCCUUGCCCCUCCGACAUCGACUGCACACCGCCACCCACCCUCCAGUCCGCGCCUCCUUUCAUCCCCGCAUACAACACCCUCUUUUCUCUUCCCGUCCUCCCCGCGUCCCCAUCCCCCAUCUCGCCGCUACGACAAUGCUCUCAUCAUUAGUCGCCAUCCCCCUCGCCCUCCUGUCGAUAACAGGCGUCAGCGCGCAGGGCGAUCUGAGUGUGGCCAACAAUGUGACGGAUCUUGAAGGGACAUGGAGCAGUAACUCUGCGGUGUCUACUGGUGGGGACGUUAUCAUCCCCGCAGAGAUGACCUUCAACUACCCCAACAACAGCGGUAUCUCCUACUCCUUCACCAACGAUGGUUACUUUGAAGAACUCGUAUACCAAUACAACUCCAACUCGUCCAACCCCUCGUGUAUCCAAGCCUACAUCUACUGGCAACACGGUACAUACGAAUUCAACAACAACGGGUCUCUUACCCUCUACCCCUUCACUUCAGACGGCCGUAUCCAGGUGCAAGACCCUUGUGCUGCUACCACCAACAUCAUCACGUAUUACAGCAACCAGGUCAUGUUUACCGAUUGGGGAAUCACUGUGGACCCUAGCAAUGGGCGAUACGUCUUGCAGAUGAAUGCUUACGAUCAGUCCAAGAUGGCUCGUAUGUACCUCAUCGCCAAACCCCCCAACAUGCUCCCCACCCAAUACCUUACCGGUACCAACGCUACCGGCCAGACCAACUCGCGAAAGCGAGACCUCACCGCCCCCGUCCGAGGCUUCUUCAAGCGCUCCGCUGCUGAGCCGAGGAUGGCGCUCGGGAAUGGGCAGAUUUUGGGUAUGGUCGGUGCGAUGGGGACGGUUGUUGUUGGUAUGAUGGCGUUGUUCUAGAGUAGAUGAGAGCGGAAUGGACUAUGGGAGGAGUUGAGAGAUGGGAAAGGGCGGGGGCUUUGGGUGAGGAGCGAGAUUUGCAUCACUGCGGUUAUACCCGUUUGUCGGUCGGUCAUCUGACCUUUCUAGAAUCUCGAAUCCUGUGGCUAUACUCCCUUUCGACUCUUUUUCUUUUUGAUGUACGAGUACUACACCCGCCUUCUCAUAUACUCGUAAGGACGCGGCCGUGGGCGCCUCUUUUGCUUCAUCUCCUCUAGCGUCAGAUUGGCUCGUUCUAUUCUUUUUUCCUAUUCUCUUUUUCUCAACGGACAGUUCUUUGAACCACAUUCAUCUUUUGUUUCCAUGAGUAUACCCCCAACGACCUUAUGCAUGUUUGACUUUACGA